ACGCAUUUCUGAGUAGGCAGGCAAGAGUACAAUCCACUUAAGGUGAUAAACUUGCAGCUUGUCAAGCACAAAGACAUCUUUUACUUGGGAUAAGUUUGGAGACAAUCCUCACAGCGACCCUUUCUAUAGAAAAGUUUAUUCCAAACUUUUUUCAUCGACUUAUAAGUUGAACGUUAGUCCUCGCAGUCCUCAUUUAACUCAAGUGACAUGCCAAGAUCUUUUCUUCUACGUAGAAAUGUGUCAAAUCAAACAAACGACAAUGGUGCCAUAUUACCCGAAAAAGGAUAUGACACAGGGUUGUUGCAAUGUGAUAAACCAAAAUUGGAAGAACGAGACAGGUCUUUUUCGCAGUCGAGAGUAUUUUGGCUUGGCAACGGGACACCAAAACUAAGGCAUCUUUCACGUAUCAAAGUUUCAUCGAUGGUGAUGACUUGAAAACAGCAAACGUGCUAUGAAUGAUCGGAGAUUGUUUGACCUCGUAUCUUCACUUGAUAUAAAUGGCAUAGAAGACCCGCAAACGGCAAAAAGCAUAUGUAGCCGGUCAGUUCCACCGCCUUCGUCGGGGAAACCCGUCUAUAAAUGUGAACAAUGUGGAAAAAUCUUCAAAACAAAGUAUACUUUGACGAUUCAUCUCAAGAUGCCCAGUCACACAGGCGCACGACCGUUCGUUUGCAACAUUUGCGGAAAAGGCUUUCGUCUUUCGAGCACGUUGUGUCGACAUAAGAUAAUUCAUACAAACGACAAACCCCACAAGUGCAACGUUUGCCAAAAAGCGUUUAACCGCAGCUCCACUUUAAAGACGCACAUUCGAACACAGCGAGAAAAGGAAUUUGUUUGCGACAUUUGCGGUAAAGGAUUUCAUCAAAAAGGCAAUCUUCGCAACCACUUGCUUAUUCACACUGGAGAAAAGCCAUACAAUUGCAGACUGUGCAACAAAGCAUUCAACAAACUGUCGAAUCUGAAAUUUCACCUUCACGUUCACACGGACAACACGCCUUAUCGUUGCCGUUACUGUAAAACGGCCUUCUCUCGCCGUUGUGAUCUCAAACAGCAUAUUCGCACGACACACGAAGAGCAGAGCAAUGAUUUGCUUACCGAAAUUGAUGAAAUAUGAACGUGUUAAAAAAUGCAUGUUCUCUGUAUGCUGCAUAAUGAUGUCAGCUGUUUGAGGCGGUUUUGCCUGCUUUAUAUACUUUAGUAGUAACCUUUAUGUAAUCGCUUAUUUAAUUAAUUUUUUUCUGAGUUGUUCAAGACAUGGAAAGCAAAGUCUCUCCUCUGCCACACACACCAACUAAGAAACUAAUCAUACGACGAAUUUCAUACAUGUGUAAACUCUUUAUAAAAUACAUGGUUCUAAUUAAACGCCUUUCAUCCUACUUUCUCUUGAAAGAUAUAGUUCCCAAAUUUCUGAAAUCUGGUGUUGUUUAUCUAUUUAAGUGUCGACAAUGCUAUGCGUCGUACGCUAGUCAAAUCACGCGCCAUUUACACACCAGAGUAUUAGAAAAUUUGGGUGUCUCUCCAUUGGCAGAAAAAACUUCAUCCAGUCCAAUCAAUUUCAGUGUGCUCACCCACCUCAAAACUACAAAUUACUCCACAGACUUUGAAGACUUCGUCAUUCUAACAUCCUCUCCUAAUGCAUACGAACUAUCCAUCCACGAAAGCCUCCUCAUUUCCAAGCUUAAAUCAUCUCUUAUUGUUCAAGGCAGUUCUAUCUCACUAAAUAUUUUCUAAUUCCAUUCAAUCCCACUCUAUGCCUUAACAUAAAAAUCACACAACACUGUCAUCACUAUACCUUGUAAUUUAGCACCCUGAAAAUAAUGUAUAAUUAGUAUAUAUGUUUUCUAACUUCCUACAUGUAUGUAUUGUGAUCUGAAGUUAAAGACGAAAUGUUAUUGUUAAUAAAAUUAUAUACCCAUAGCCAUAUUAAAAGUUUUAUGUUGGGAAAUUAUAUUCAUACUAAGAAUUUGCUUUCCGCCUGGCAAAUUCAUUGUCACAAUAUGGUUACUGUCUGUAAAAUUAGGCUAAAUACAUGAUACAGAAGAAUGGAAAUGCAAAAGUAGAGACAAUAAAAGUAGAAAUAUUAAA